CAAAACGACAAUCACAUCCAUCGUUUCAGUUAGGAAUUAUCAGCUUCUUCUCUACUGCGGGUUUCUCUUCUCUCCGGAGAGUGUCCGAACGAGUUCAUUCUGAGUCAACACAGAACCCAAAAUGCUUCAACCUCGUUCACUUCGUCCCUACAUUUCAAUUUCUUCACCAUCUUCCUCAAACCCUAACCCUAACCCUAGAGAAACCAUUUAUCGAUUCAAUUCCAAUGAAUUCUCUUCAUCACCAUCUUCAUCAUUCUCAUCUUCAUCUUCUUCUUCUAGAUCUCUCAAAAACCCUACCACCUUCUCACACAACUACCUCAUCGCAAUCUCCCUCAUUCCCUCCGCCUUGUUUCUUCUCGACCUCGGCGGCUCCACCGUCGCCGCUACACUCAUCGUCGGCCUCAUGAUCUCAUACAUCAUCGAUUCACUCAAUUUCAAACCCGCUUCAUUCUUCUCCGUUUGGAUUUCACUCAUCUUCGCUCAAUUCUCAUUCUUCUUCACUGCUUCACCUUCUCUCUUCUCAUCUUUCAAUUCCUCCGUAACCCUAACCAUCCUCGCUACGUUCCUAUGCGCUCAUACUACUUUCCUUAUUGGAAUCUGGUCUUCUCUUCAGUUCAAGUUUCUCCUCAUCGAAAACCCUACCGUCGUCCCGGCUCUCGAACGUCUCCUCUUCGCUUGCCUCCCUAUCACUGCCUCGUCGCUUUUUACAUGGGCUGCCGUCGCGGCUGUCGGGAUUGACAACUCCGCUUAUUAUCUCAUGGCGUUCAAUUGCUUUUUCUAUUGGCUUUACUCUGUUCCGAGGCUUUCGUCUUUUAAGACUAGUCAUCAUGCUAGGUUUCAUGGUGGUGAAGCUCCUAAAGAUAGUUUCAUACUUGGUCCUCUUGAGAGUUGUGUUCACACUCUCUAUUUGCUCUUUGUUCCUCUUUGUUUUCAUCUUGCUUCGCAUUACUCUCUUGUUUUGUCUUCCUAUGCUUCCUUUUGUGACCUCAUUUUGCUUUUCUUUAUUCCUUUUCUGUUUCAGCUUUAUGCUUCUACUAGAGGUGCUCUCUGGUGGGUUUCUGAUAAUGCUUCUCAUCUUCGUAGUAUUCGUCUAGUGAAUGGUUUUGUUGCUUUGGUUUUUGUUGUCAUUGCAUUGGAGGUUCGGGUUGUUUUUCAUUCGUUUGGGAGGUAUAUUCAGGUUCCUCCGCCACUUAAUUAUGUUCUUGUUACUAUCACUAUGCUUGGUGGGGCUGCUGCUGGUGGUGCUUAUUCUAUGGGUAUGGUUUCUGAUGCCCUAAGCUCAGUUGCUUUCACUACUUCCGCCAUUGUUGUCAGUGCCGCUGGAGCUGUUGUUGUUGGAUACCCUGUACUGUUCCUGCCUCUGCCUGCAGCUGCUGGCUUUUAUUUGGCUCGAUUUUUUGAAAAGAAGAGCUUAACUUCAUACUUUGCUUUUGUUGUUCUUGGGAGCUUGAUGGUCACAUGGUUUGUGUUGCACAACUUCUGGGAUUUAAAUAUUUGGUUGGCUGGCAUGUCCCUUAAAUCUUUUUGUAAGCUGAUUGUUGCAAAUGCUGUCCUGGCUAUGGCUAUUCCUGGGUUAACUCUUCUGCCUUCCAAGAUAAACUUUUUGUCUGAGAUCAGUCUGAUAAGCCACGCAUUGCUCUUAUGCCACAUUGAAAGCCGAUUUUUCAGUUACUCCAGCAUUUACUAUUAUGGAUUUGAAGAUGUGGUGAUGUAUCCUAGCUAUAUGGUUGUGAUGACAACUUUAUUGGGUUUAGCUUUGGUGAGAAGGCUAUAUGUGGAUCAUCGAAUUGGAGGAAAAGCUGUUUGGAUUUUGACCUGCCUCUUUUCUUCAAAGCUUUCCAUGUUGUUUAUUGCAUCUAAGUCUGUUGUAUGGGUUUCAGCUGUCCUCUUAUUGGCUAUUUCCCCUCCACUACUUCUUUAUAGGGAUAAAUCAAAAACAGGUUCUAGGAUGAAACCAUGGCAAGGUUAUGUGCAUGCCAGCAUAGUUGCCUUAUCUGUAUGGUUUUGCCGUGAAACAAUUUUUGAAGCCCUCCAGUGGUGGAACGGAAGGUCUCCUUCAGAUGGUUUAAUUUUGGGCUUCUGUACACUGUUGAUUGGAGUGGCUUGUAUUCCAAUUGUUGCUAUUCAUUUCUCUCAUGUUUUGUCUGCAAAGAGAUGUCUGGUGCUUGUAGCUGCAACUGGUCUACUUCUAAUUUUGAUGCAGCCACCUCUUCCUUUGUCACUGAGUUACCAGUCGGACCUUAUCAAAACUGCCCGCCAUUCUGCUGAUGAUAUCUCAAUUUAUGGGUUUAUAGCUGGGAAGCCUACCUGGCCAUCUUGGCUUCUUAUUAUUGCUAUUUUGCUGACUCUAGCAUCCAUUACAUCUAUCAUACCCAUUAAAUAUAUUGUUGAACUAAGGACUGUUUACUCCAUUGCUAUGGGUCUUGCCCUUGGUAUCUACAUUGCUGCGGAAUACUUUGUCUGGGCAGUAGUUCUGGAUGUUCUGAUUGUUGUCACUAUGGUUUGUGCCUCUGUUUUUGUUAUCUUCACUCAUAUGCCCUCUGCUUCAAGCACAAAGCUUUUACCUUGGGUAUUUGCUUUACUUGUAGCUCUCUUUCCAGUUACUUAUCUUUUGGAGGGCCAACUGAGAAUUAAAAAUAUUCUUGAAGAUAGUGAGAUAGGAAAUUUGGACGAGGAGGAGAAGCAGCUUACAACAUUGCUUGCUAUUGAGGGUGCCAGAACAUCUCUUCUUGGUUUGUAUGCAGCAAUCUUCAUGCUUAUAGCGUUGGAAAUAAAAUAUAAACUUACUUCAAUUAUGCGGGAAAAGAUCAUUGAUUCAAGUGGAGGAAUUCGACACAGUCAUUCUGGUCAAAAUGUAUCUGCUAGUUCUCUGCCAAGAGCAAGAUUCAUGCAGCACCGCCGGGCUUCUACUGUUCCCUCCUUUACAAUUAAGAAGAUGGCUGCUGAUGGAGCCUGGAUGCCUUCUGUUGGCAACGUCGCCACAAUAUUAUGCUUUGCUAUAUGCUUGGUCCUGAAUGUUUACCUUACUGGUGGCUCAAACCGUUCUAUAUUUUUCCUGGCUCCUAUCCUUCUGCUGCUCAACCAGGAUUCAGAUUUCAUUGCUGGUUUUGGGGACAAACACAGAUAUUUUCCUGUGACUGUUGUUAUCUCAGUCUACUUUGUUUUAACUGCCUUAUAUAGCAUAUGGGAAGAUGUUUGGCAAGGUAAUGCUGGUGGAUGGGGUCUUCAAAUCGGUGGGCCAGACUGGAUUUUUAUGGUGAAGAAUUUGGCACUCCUCGUUCUUACGUUUCCCAGUCACAUAAUUUUCACCAGGUAUGUAUGGAGCCAUUCAAAACAGAGUGACUCACCACCAUGGAUAACUUUGCCCCUUAAUCUGCUUCCUAUUGCAUGUACAGAUGUUCUCAAGAUUAAGAUCUUGGGUAUCUUAGGAGUUAUAUAUUCACUGGCCCAGUAUAUAAUUACUAGGCAACAAUAUAUCUCUGGUCUCAAGUACAUCUAAAACCCACCAUGUACUCUGUACUAUAUGUUGUCAAUUUAGGCAUGUGCUGACUCACUAUCCCGUUUAGAUUUGUAUGACAAAUAUAUUUUGAAAUGCAUUUUUGUUAUUGCUAA